AUGAAUAAAUAAUUCAAUAAAACUUCCCCUCCUGAGAUAUUUCUUACUAUCUAAACAAAAUAAGCAUAACAAGAAGAUUCUUUAGAUUAAAUUAAAUAAGUUAGAUCAGUCAGUUUGGAAAAGGAACUGGCUUAAUUGAAUGACGAAUAAGAAACUUAUGAUAUGAUAAAUGAAAUUGAAUAUAAAAUGCUUAAUUUUAGAUCAGAUUAAAGAAGGGAGAGAGCAGAAAUAGAAUCUACAAAGUCAUAAUAUAAAUUGUUAGAGAUAGUUGCUCAAUCUAAAAUUAAGCAAUUAGAGACAUCAUUGAAAUUCUCUGUUGAAGCUUUAGAGAAUAAGUUUAUUAGAGAACAAGGCACAACCAAUGGAUAUGUGGAAUACAUUUAAUAAUCUAUAAGUCAAUAAAAAAAAGAAGAUGCAUCAAUUAAUCAUUAUAUAAAAUUACUUGAGAAAAGAGUGGCAGCAUUAGAAUUCGAGUUGGGAAUUGAAAAUGUAAAUAAUUAGUAAGGAUAAUGA